AACUGCUACGUCUCUGCUUAGCCUAUCGGCUUCCAAGAUGCAAUACGCAUCUAAAUGAAAAUAACGCGCGCGCUUUCACUAAUCCCCCUCUAUCCUUUUUAUCUGCUGGACUGGCCGCACUCACAUCACUAUGGGACGCUGAGGCAGAGCGAGGACGACAUGCUGCAGAUAUCUGGAUAAAGCGCAGGAAGCUGUUUUUCUGAGUUCCUGACUGAGUUUCUGAGGGUCAGCUGCUGAAGAGCAGGAGGGGAAUCAUGGUGCUCGCGGUUUUUCUGGGGCUUUGGCUGGUUUCAGGGGAGUUCCAGCCGGUGUGGAGCUCCUGUCCCUCUCAGUGUAGCUGUUUCUACCACAGCCUGAGUGAUGGAUCCAGAGCCAGGAGUGUGAUUUGUAAUGAUCCUGAGAUUUCACUGGUGCCUGCCAGCUUCCCCGCUGACACCUCCAAACUCAGAAUAGAAAAAACAGCCAUCAAGAGGAUUCCCAGCGAAGCUUUCAACUACCUCUCCAAUCUGGAAUUUCUGUGGAUGUCCUUCAAUGUGUUAGCAUCCCUAAACACGGACAGUUUCCGCGGUCUGUACAGCCUGGAGGAGCUGAGGCUGGAUGGUAAUUCCCUCACUACUUUUCCAUGGGAAUCGUUAAUGGACAUGCCCAGUCUGAGACUCCUCGACCUGCACAAUAACCAGCUGUCCUCUGUCCCACCUGAGGCCACACUGUACAUAAAAAACUUAACCUACCUGGACCUGUCCAGCAACAACCUGCUGACAUUACCAUCUGAAGUCCUGGCUACAUGGUUGACAAUCAAAGCUGUUCAAGGACUGGAGAGUUCAAAAAUGAUUCUGGGGCUCCAUGACAAUCCUUGGCUCUGUGACUGCCGACUCUACGACCUGGUCCAGUUCCAGAAGUUCCCGUCACUCUCCGUGGCCUUUAUUGACACCAGACUGAGGUGCGCUGAUCCUGAGAGUCUGUCGGGGGUUCUGUUUAGUGAUGCAGAGCUGAGACGAUGCCAGAGCCCCAGGGUUCAUACGGCUGUAGCCCGGGUCAGGAGCGCAGUGGGCAACAACGUGCUGCUGCGUUGUGGCACCAUCGGGGUCCCCAUCCCUGAGCUGGCCUGGAGGAGAGCAGAUGGAAAGCUACUGAAUGGGACAGUUCAGCAAGAGAACUCUAAAGAGGGAAUCGUUUGGUCUAUUCUGAGCGUGCCUGCGGUUUCCUUCUACGACUCUGGGAAAUACAUCUGCAAAGCCACUAAUUAUGCUGGGAGUGCUGAAGCAGUUAUUUCUCUGAUCAUAAGCGACUCUCCAAAAAUGGAAAAUCAAACUGCAAAUGCAAAGAAAGUCAAAGGAAAGAAGCCGGGCCCUGUUGUGAAGGCAGCUUAUCAAGAAAAACUUAUUGCCAGAUAUGUGUCUCCAAGACCCACUCCCGCCUCUGCUCUUGUAGCCCCUGUAGUUUACACUGGCCCUUAUCCUGGCAUGGACAGUGACAGUAUUGCAGACAGUGGGACGAAUGUUCAAACAACUGGUCCUGAUGGACUCCUAGAAACCAAUCUGAGCAAUCUCGCAGCAAACACGUCGUCCCUGCAGCAAGACCCUGAGAGAGUGGUCCGCUCCGUCAAAGUAAUCGGAGAUACAGACUAUACAGUGUGUCUUAACUGGCGAGCACCCAAGGCCAAGAACACCACGGCCUUCAGUGUGCUCUACGCUGUGUUUGGAGAGCGGGAUAUGCGACGAAUUAAUGUCAGUCCCGGCAACAACCGGAUCCUCAUCGAGGGCUUGGUUCCAAAAACCAAAUACAUUGCCUGUGUGUGCGUAAAAGGCCUGAUCCCCAAAAAAGAGCAGUGCGUAAUCUUCUCAACAGAUGCGGCGGCAAGCGCUAAUGGGACUCAAAAGCUCAUUAAUGUAGUUGUAAUCACGGUUGCCUGUGUGAUAGCCGUGCCUCUGACUGUGAUCGUCUGCUGUGGGGCGCUUAAGAGGAAAAUCCAGAAAUUUCUGGGCAAAAAGUCCAAAGACAUUCCGGACUCAUACGUGACGUUUGAGACCCUGUCCCCCAGCACCAAGGCUAAAGGUCUGGAGGGGGAAUAUCUGAACAGACUGAACCCAGAGGAGUCCAACAGACUGCUCUCAGCCAGGUCCAGCCUGGACUCUGAGUCCACCGCUAAGAUUGAGGGACAGCCGAACGAAUACUUCUGCUGACAAUUUCCCUCAGCCACCGCUCCACCACACGGCCUAGGUAUCCAGGCUCAGCCCCAGUAUCUGAGUGCACACAAUCUGUACCAGCAGUACCUCGCUGAGCAUUCCUAAAUACAAAUACAAUCUAUAUAUGGAUACCUAUGGAGUUAGUAACUAAGGACACAAUAGGAAGAGUCGUGAGUGGUUCUUCUUUGGAUCAUCAGCUGUGCUCUUUGUUACUACACUCAUGGACUUAGUUUUACGACUAAGCCAUACGGCUGGUGGUGGGGUUGUGGCUGAGCAAUCCCGGGACUAAACACAUACACACAUAUACACACAGACAUAUACACAUGCACACAAACAUGAACUUUACUGACCUUUAUUUCAGAUAUUGAUCCAUGGUUAAAGGGAAACUGUCAUUGACUAAGUGAAUUGACUGACUGUAUGUAAAGUACUACUGUAUAUAUGUAUAUACAUCCAGAGUACAUUAAAAAUAUAUAUUCCUUUCAUCUUUACAUUCCAUGUAGUUUAAGCUUUGUAAAUACAGUAUAUUUUAGAACCAUCUUUAAAUAGAUUUCUGAAGUGAACUGAUUAAUUUGCACUAACUCAAGUAGUUUAAUAUAAUGAUACUUUUAGCAGUAUUCUAAUAAUGUUGCUGAAUAAUAAAACUCUAUGAGAUUUUUAGAUGUGGCAACAUUUUUAUCUGUAUUCAGCUUUUUAGCAUAAAUGUGACCCAUGUCAAUGAUUUAUCCUGACAAUUAAACUUUGUUAACUUUGUUUUAUACCCCAAACCUCAAUGUGU